UCUCCGUCCCGUGCGGUCAACUGCUGGAUGGUCUCGGGCCUGCCCGCGAUUGGAGAAGAAGACUGAGUAAUUCUGACAUAACUUCCAUCAUGAAUUAUUACAUCCUCGUGUCCUUAUGUAUUUUCAUCAAUGCCGGUGCCUUUCCUGUUCAAGAUGAAGAAGAAGCUGCGAUGUACUUGCAAAAAUUUGGCUACAUCGACACUGCUUCAGACUCUUACAGAACAGGAGCCAUUUUAGGACCAGAUACCGUGGCGAUAGCUCUAAAAGAUUUUCAGAGAUUCGCUGGCCUGAAUCAAACUGGAGAACUAGAUAAUGAAACCAUUGCCAUGAUGAACACUCCUAGAUGUGGAGUCAAAGAUAUAAUAGGAAAUUCCGAAUAUGCUCGCCGCAGGAAACGAUACGCCUUGCAAGGCAGCAAAUGGAGAGUUAAUCACCUGACGUAUCGAAUCCACAACUACCCAACAAAUUUAAAGGACAGGCAAAAGAUAGACAAAGAAAUUUCAAGAGCAUUUAAAUUAUGGAGUGAUGUAACGGAUUUAUCUUUUGAGGAAAGAAAAAGAGGGAGAGUGAAUAUCGAAAUACGUUGGGAGAAAAGGGAACAUGGCGACGGAGACCCCUUCGAUGGCCCCGGCAGAACUUUGGCGCACGCAUUUUUCCCUCAGUUUGGUGGUGACGCUCAUUUUGAUGACGAAGAAAAAUGGACUAUAGAUGAGAGAACAGGAUCCAAUUUAUUUCAAGUGGCUGCACAUGAAUUCGGCCAUUCGUUGGGUCUCUCGCAUUCUGACGAAAAACGAGCUCUAAUGUCACCCUACUACACUGGCUAUCGACCAGCUCUCGAGCUAACUGAGGAUGACACUAAAGGCAUACAGGCUCUAUACGGAACAGGAGAUCAACUUGCAACCCCAGAAGAAGAAGUAGAGGAGCCUUCUGGACCUCCACCAGAUACCAGUGACGCUCCCGAUUUGUGCCAAGAUGCUUCAAUCGAUACAGUCACUCGAACUCAAAAUAUGGGCACUUUCGUCUUUAAAGGGGACUUUUACUGGAGGAUUCUUGCUGAUGGAAUUGCAGACGGCUACCCGCGGAGAAUUUCAGAUGACUGGGAUGGCCUCGAAGGAAAUUUAGAUGCCUCUUUAACAUGGUCAAAUGGAAAAACUUACUUCUUCAAGGGAGGACGAUACUGGCGUUUUACGAACAAAACAAAGGAUAAUGGAUAUCCAAAAUUACUUUCCAAAGGUUUUGAAGGAAUUCCAAGUAUGAUGGAUGCAGCUUUUGUAUGGAGUGGAAAUGGAAAAACAUAUUUUUUUAAAGGAAAAUAUUACUGGCGUUACGACAGCAACAAUGAUCCUCCAGUAAGUGACAAAUAUCCUCGACCAAUCAGUCACUGGAAUGGACUUCCAGACAACAUUAAUGCAGCAUUUCAGUGGGAAAAUAGCAAAACAUAUUUCUUCAAAGGAGACAAGUACUACAAAUUUGAUGAUAUACGAUUUGAGGUUGACUCCAGUGACCCGCCAUAUCCUAGAUCAACUUCAGUUUGGUGGUUUGACUGCAAGUCCAUAUCUCAUGAAACCAACUCAACAGGAGCAACAGUAAAUGCUACAGCACGUGAAAACAGAGCAGGCAAUACAUAUAGAGUUGAUAGUAGCUCUGGAACAAUAUGAAAAUGAUGAAAUUUUUUUGCAGUGUUCAGUUGGCAUGGACAGCAGUCAGGGACUUGCAAAAUUGGAAAAAAAUACAUUUCAUUAAUUCAUCUACUUCAUAUCAAGCAGAGUUUGGACUACUAAUACUUGGACAACCAAGACUCUACUGUAUUACAAAUUUGUUCAUUAAAACCUGAGACUAUUGAUGAUAGUCA